AUGGGCAAAAUCAACCUCACAGCGCUGCGGGUGCGCAAGACUGCGCUCAACCAAUUCGCCAGUGGAAAGAUCAAUAAGCUCCCUCAAUGGGUUGACGUUGUUGGCGAGAUUCCUCCCUCCGAGACCCUCAUCCGCAACCCACCCCCUCAACACCAGCUGGUUCGACAACGGAUGAAGACCGUUGCGGGAUCAUCGAAGCCGCAGGUCGUUUUCGAGGUCCAGGAGAAGCGCCGGAAGUCCAAGAAGCCCAGCCGCCUGUUCCAGCCGCUUGAACUCAAGUACGAGGAGGAUGAGCUACGACAAGACUUCUUCCGGGAUCACCCUUGGGAGCUUGCUCGGCCUCGCGUGCUCCUUGAGAGCACUGGCAAGGACCACGAGAACUACGACUGGAGCCGGAUAAAGCAGCCUGGAAAGCGACUGGAUGGUGAAAGUGUCGUCCAACGCCAGCUUUGGCUUUUGAACAAUGUACCCGAUAUGACCAAGACCAACGCAUACGAUAUCGCCCGUCGAGAAUUCUACCGCCUGCGACUGCAGGAGGACAUCGAACGUCGUGUUGCUGCUGAAGAGGCCGAGGCCACCGGUGCCAACUUCGGUCCCUCGUACCUGGAGAUCGGUAUGGACUUGGAGAACCAGCAGUAUGAGAAGUGGAAGACCUGGGCUCGGACAGAGGCUCAAUUGUUCGAGCAACGGUCAGCUGCGCUCUCCGGGGCCCCGGAGAUCGCGCUUGAGCAGCAGAGCCAGAAGGAGGAGACCUUCACCGAGCAGCCCGAGGCUGUACCAGUCUAA